GAGUCGUUUCAUGAGCCUGAAGCUUCACGACGACGAGACCCCUCUAUCGUCCAUAUUUCUGAUGGCGGCAGGAUAUAGCUCUUUCUUUACACUUGUAGUUGUCUACGCUAGUUAGCACUCUGCUACAUCAAGUGGCUCUUCUUCGUUAUGUUCCAUAGCUGUCAGCGAUCUCUUCAUCAUUUGCGCGGCUUGUCCCGUCGCUUCGAGGUGUAUCUAGAUGGGUAACUUUUAUUGUCGUCCAUCUUAUAUGGCCAGUCUUUAGUGUCGCUUUUUUGGUCUGUGAUCCACUCUCCAUACAUCGUUGUCUCUUGCAAUCGUCGCCCAUCGUCCUCAUUCCUGCUUUUUCACACCCUCAGGUUGGAUGGCCAGCAGCUGGCGGGUAAUGUCUCUAUGCUCAAUGGCAGCAUCGUAAAUGGUUCAUUCGUGAGGGCAGCGGCGAUUUUGGGCAUGUGUGAGGAGAGCGCCACCAUUAGGCGACGCCACCACAUUCAUGCUGCAGUUUGCGACGGAGAACUAGUGUGGGAGACUAUGUUUAACAUGCGCAUGAAAAUGCACAACGCGGAGCAUGCGCACAUGAAUUGCCUGGCAUAUUUCACCAUGUGGCCCGGGAUUGAUGUUCGGUACCAAAAAGCGCAUACCAAGCCCGGCAGCAUUCAGCAGGUGCGCAUGUCUUCUAAACAUAGCUGCAAAGCGGCGUCGUCGUCUAGUAUGUUGGAUAUUUAAGAAUGUCCCCUCGCUUCUGCAAUGUUAUGAUAGACUUAGGAGAACAACUUUUAGAAUUUGAUGGCUAUAUAGUACUCUGACUCCUCGACGUUUCGCGAUCUCCUUACUACGCUUAUAUCCCAGGUUCUGGACUACGCCAAGCUGACGAAGGUCGUGGAGCUUCAUGGAGCACAGAAAGCAAGCGCUACCCUUAAGGCUUACUUUUCGUUGGUCUACUUUGAGUUAGUUUGAGACCGUCGGGGGGCUUACGUGACUGAGAUAAGAGGUGAAAAUGGAGGGAAAUGAAACACGGGGAAGAUCUUUGCGUUGUCUUUCGGAGUCAGUGCGGGGCCACUGACUGCUGACCUCUAACACAUGUGGCGGGGAAUGGAAGCGAGGCGCUGCGGCGAUGAAAGUGGCAGGCGUGAGAGAAGCGCUGGAGGCCGCCAUCGGACAAUGCGGCAACCUCGGGAAUCCACUCGCCAAUACCGGAGACGUUUCCCAAGUGUGGCAGGUUUUUACUGGCAAGGCUGCCCCUUUGGCGGCGGGCUUUCUUCGUUGGCUCGUUGCGAAGUUUCCGAGGCUUCAUCAGGUACUAUCCUAUGUGUAUAUGCCUCUUUAAGCUAUAGACCAGACUUGUGUUUACAUGAGCUACUUAGCCACAGUCAGGUCCAUUCGUUACAUUUAAACACAAAGAAAAACUUACUCGCAUCUUCAAUCUCUAGGCCAGACUUGUGUUUACAUGAGUUACUUAGCCACAGUCAGGCCCAUUUGUUGCAUUUAAACACAAAAAAGAACUACACGCUUAAGAUUUUUAGUAUGCGUAGGACUUACAACCUACACACAAGAUCAACCACUUAUAUGCAAGCGCGUCACCAAGAUCGUCACUACUCUACUGCACUCACAGCUCAAGCACCACCCGCUGAAGACUUGGGCAGCGUUCUACAAAGAUUCGGAAAAGCACCGAGAGGAGAUCGCGGACGCUUGGUGCAAAGCUACGGAAACUCCGCGUGAGGUGUUCAGUGAGCAUGUGAAAAGUAUGGAAGUGCUCGAUCCGCUUCCGUGCUCGGUUGAGACCGCUGUUCUGAUUUAUCGGCAGUGGGAAAACCCCGAUAAGCUGAAGAUGUUGGCAGAGGCAAAAAAGACGAGCAACGCUGUGGCCACCUUGGUGCUGAAAGUUUUCUAUGGUUAGAAAGAUGCUACAGCUACAGCUUGCACGUACUUGUGCUGUGGCUGGGCUACUGCUUGAACUUGACUAGACUUAGACUAAAUACAACGGCUAUCAUCUAAAGCCAGCAACGUCAUUCAUCGACGCAUUAGGUCGGGGCUGAUUGGGUCAUCUAAGUAGAUGCCGGUGUGGGAUUCUUGGGUGACAGUUCGAGUUUACACUAAACAUCUCUAAAAAAUUGCCGAAGAAAUGGAUGAGUGGAAAAACGCCAGAAAGUUUGGAGACGAUGAGCUUGACGCCGCUCCCAUGUUGCCGGCUGUGGGCGGAAACAAGCGAGGAAGGGGCGGGCGAGGAGCAGCCCUUCAACAAGAGCCAUCCGGCGACAGCAGUGACGAAAACAAAAAGCAGGCGUGGGCCCUUUGGCGUGGACGAGGGAAAAUUAUCGUUUUGGGCGAUAACUAUAAGAAGGACGACAUAAAGGGAGAGAUCAGCAAAGCGGUCAUCCUCCCGGAGUGUUUCGGGCUAUUGGACCUCAAUCUGACAACAAUGCAGAUGUGCUUAAAUAUGUGAGUUUAUAUUUUAUCUCUUAUAUUCAUACUCUAGCUGUUAUGCUUGUGUCUAUUGUUGUCUAAGCGAUAUUGUGAUGCUGAUGGUGGCCCUAUAUCAGAUCGAUAUAUCAUUAUGCGCUUGGUUGCGCAUUAAUUCGAUAUGUUUUCACUGAUAACUGCGCAACAAUUUCCCCUCACAGGCACACGCCAAAGGCGCCAGGUGCGGUGAAACUGACCGCAGACCAGGAGGGCUUCGUGAAUGCGUCGUAUGAUGUGGGAAGCAGUUGCAAGGGGAUGGUGACACUGUUGGGAAAUAGUGGAAAAGUGAAGCUGUUGGGGACGCAUAAUAGAAGCUAUGCUUUGAGAAAUUUGCUGGAUUCUAGGUAGCCGUGGGACUGCAAACCGCAGCCCCACUCUCACGACUAAAAUUAACUAAUAGAUGUUCGCUUAUUCUCUAAUAUUUCCGCGAUGGCUUUUGGCAACUUCCACUCGAAUACACAGCAAAUUGCGGGGACAGUAAUUAAGGCGCAUGAGCAGACUCCAUUUCUAAUCCAUGACUUGCCGCUCGCCGUUUGAUUUCUUUGCUGGGAACGAAGUGAUUAGAAGACUACAACACAAAGGUGCGCGUGCAUGGAUGGAAAUGGAACUGAUCGGAAAAUCACUCUAAGCUGGGCCAUAUGCCCAAUACAACACCUUGCGCGCGCCACGACGCCAGACCCUCGGCCUUCGGAUCGAUGUGGAUGCCUUAAAUUAUGGCUUCAAUAUUUUAGUAUGUCUGUCACCUCAGACGAGGCCUGAUAAAUGGCUCUAAGGGCCCAGAAUUGAAACUAGAAGCAGGGCCCUGCUCGUCUUCUACAUCUACUGAGGCCUCUAACUUUGGGACGAGCAGACGCAAAUGCGAGCAGAGCAACCGCAGGAUGAGGAUGACGCUAACACGACCACAGAGAAAAACCCGCCUCCAGAUCUUAUCGAUGACCUCGAGGACUAUCUGACCGCAGGAGGAGCUGGCGACGGCUCUGUUGCGAUUAUGUUGCCGAUAGUACCUGGCAGACCCCCAAGCGAAGUCAGUGAGGCGUAUGGGAGUGACGGGAAGUACCAUUAUGGCCAAGGCUCUGCCGUUCAUCCCUUUGUAUAUUUUCCUUCACGCUUGUUUUGGCUUUUCUCUAACGCCUGGGAAUCUUCGUCGGCAUGCCAAAUUUCGACUUUUACAGCAAUUGGGUUAUCGGUUUGAUGAUAAAGAUCCACACGAGUACGUUAGUGGACUUUCGAACUUCACCGGCUGGGGCCGCAGCUAUCGUCACCUACAACGACCGCAGCCUGAAAUACAUCGGUAGCCAUACUGACUAGAUGACGGCUUAUAGGGAUACUUUUUGUCUAUCAGUCUCUAUAUACAUGGGCCAUGUAGUCAGUCGCUUCUUUUCUUAUUAAGUGUUGCGCUGCUCUUGUAUAUCUCGUCUGCUCCUCGUCUUAUAAUCAGGCACCGCCCCGAAUGAAUGCGCCAAGAAAUGGCUCGAGGAAAUGAUAGUCGAUCACAUCGUGACCCUUCGAACAUCGAAGUCAGCGAGAUGGGGGGGAGGCAAAGCGCACAUGCGAGAAGCAUGGGCUGCCAGAGGUACUCAUAAUGUAGAAGCUUUACUAUUAAAUAUUAGCAUUUUCAAAUAUGCUCUUGCUGCUAGUGGCAGCACUACAGACUUUUCUCUUGUCUCCUUUUCAGUCUAUCUUGUUAUGGGACAGCUAAGCAGUGAAUGUGACAUCGCAAAACUAUCCACAACACACAGUUGACCCGUUCAACGGCGUCCGUGGUCCUCUUACGGAAUAUGUACGAGGCAAGAAGAAGGAGAAACCCAAAGCCGCAACUGACAGCGAGGCAUUUGGCGACGGCGAUCAAGACGACACAGCACCCAAGAAAAAGAAGACCAAACGGAAACUGGCGAGGCAUUCAACCCUCUCCGAUUGCGAGGAGGAUGAUUAAGUAGUAGUAGAUCGAGCAGCCCUAUGCUGCAUCGAAGUAUCGCGUAGCUGAACUUUCAAAGUCAUUCUGUAGCCGAAGAAUUUCUUUCCAGUUUUGUGUCGUGAUCGGCUCCUUUGCAAAUGUUCCUGCGUCGUCUUUUCUUUCUGUUUUGCUUCUAUUUUUGAAAGUAAUUCCUUACUGUCCCGCUGGGGUAGUGUAACUGCAUUUGGAUCUGUCGCGUAACUACGUUAUGACUGCUGACUAUAUAUCUCGUUGCGCUUAUAGAUAGACUGACAGACUGCCACUAGCGCACAGUCUUCGUCAUCAUGGUCCCGGAAAUGUUAAUCAGCAUGCUCUCUACUCAUAUUUCAGCAGAUUCGCCUCUCUUGUUAUUGUACUAGGGCAGUGCCGCGCCUCCAAAGUGUUUCUUUCAGCGCAUAAGCAGGCGCCAUCUUUACUUCAACUAAGACCAAAGUGACCAAGCUGAGGCUAGUCCAUCUCCGCAUGUAUUCUUGUAGUUAUCUCGUGACAGUAACGCGGUGCGCAAUUCUUCAAGCCUGUGUCGAUAUCAAGCUGAGGGACUGGCGGCGACAUAUGAGAGAGCUGUAGUCUAGCUCUUGCUCUAUCAGUGG